AUGCUGCUCGAACAUCCUGGAUCGAGUUGUCAAAACCCAGGAAAUUUCUCCAGAUACAGUUCGGGUCAAGGUGAGCAUAUCCCGGUGUGUGCAGGUUGCAGUCAGCACAUCGUGGACCGCUUCAUCCUGAAGGUGUUGGACCGUCACUGGCACAGCAAAUGUCUGAAAUGCAGCGAUUGUCAGUCACAGCUGGCAGAGAAGUGUUUCACCCGCGGAGACGGAGUCUACUGCAAAGAAGAUUUCUUUAAGAGGUUCGGGACAAAGUGUGCGGCGUGUCAGCAGGGCAUCCCGCCGAGUCAGGUGGUGCGGAGAGCGCAGGACUUCGUCUAUCACCUUCACUGCUUUGCCUGCAUCGUGUGCAAGAGGCAACUAGCCACAGGGGAUGAGUACUACCUGAUGGAGGACAGUCGACUGGUGUGUAAGGUGGACUAUGAGACGGCCAAGCAGAGAGAGGCCGACUCGACAGCAAAAAGGCCGCGCACGACCAUCACAGCCAAGCAGCUGGAGACGCUGAAGAACGCCUACAACAAUUCGCCCAAACCUGCGCGUCACGUCCGUGAGCAGCUGUCUUCAGAGACCGGCCUGGACAUGAGAGUGGUGCAGGUUUGGUUUCAAAACAGAAGAGCAAAAGAAAAGAGGCUAAAGAAGGAUGCAGGAAGACAGAGAUGGGGCCAAUACUUUCGUAACAUGAAGCGGUCCAGAGGAAACUCCAAAUCAGAUAAGGACAGCAUCCAGGAGGAAGGCAUGGACAGUGACGCUGAGGUCUCCUUCACAGACGAGCCUCCCAUGUCUGAGCUGAGUCACUCGAACAGCAUCUACAGCAGUCUGAGCGAGAGUUCCCCGGCUCUGGGGCGUCAGGGUGGAGCUCACGCUCCCUUCACACUGGAUCACGGACCUGUCCUGCCACCUCAGGAUCAAUACCACGACAUCCGCCCCAGCAGUCCUUACAGCCUCGCACAGUCACCUGCUUCCCUUCCGCCUCUGCCCAGGCAGCAGCCCCUCAUCUCCAGCCUGGUGUACCCCGACUCUGGCCUGCCCAUGGCGGGCCAGGGUGGGCACGGCAUGGUGUCGGCCGGUCCAAACGGCCCCAGCUCGGACCUCUCCACCGGAAGCAGCGGCGGCUACCCAGAAUUCCCGGCUAGCCCCGCCUCCUGGUUGGACGAGGUCGAUCACAGCCAGUUCUGA